AUGUCUUCCAUAUAUCCUUACUCCGACGAGGUUGCCUACUACCUGUUGCAUGGAGAGGCCAACCAUUCCAUCGAUAUUCCUUACUCUCUGCCCCCCGACGUCGAAGACAUGGAUACACCCAUGGGCAUGUAUCUUCCUGGAUACGGGCCAUGUGAGAGGACUCCGUACUUGAACAACGACCCCGGGCUGUAUAACGACCUCUCCUACCCCCGGGCCAACCCUAACAGCGGCCCGUACACAGAAGUAUUCGAGUACGACCUACAAUACGCCUCGGAAGCGGAGCAACUGGCGUCCGCGUCGCAUCAGCAAUCAGCCGAUGUUGAAGCACCUCCUGAUGUCGGGAACGGUCAUACUGACCAUACAUCCAGUGAGCCCGGGCCAGCGCCCGCGCACGUCGACCAAGCAUCGACUGUCGCGGGAGGCGUGAUCGCGGCGAUACCCGUCAUAUGUCGCUUCGGUGCAGGACCGUUCUGCUUUCUAGACCCGGACGCACUGCUGAGGAAGACCUCGGGCGUAGAGAGUCAUCUUCUGGAAUACCACCGUCACGGCCCAACACCCGUACUCGUGACGGACUGUGGGAAGUUCGCCUGCCAAUGGGAUGACGAGAACGGACACUGCAGCAGGAAGGUUAGAACCCUGAAACAGCUGGCGAAGCACAUCGCCACCGUGCAUUUGAGGCUCUUCAACAUCCGCUGCGAGGGCUGUGAUGAGGUCUUCUCUAGGCCAGACGCUCUCAAGCGCCACAAGGAGAAGGGCCGGUGUCCCGGUAAACAGCUUGCCUUCGGGGCAGGGCUCAUCUGCAACUUCAUUCCUAAGUCGUGGUCGUCGCGGUUCAAGAUCGAAGGGAAGAAGCUCUCGAGGUAG